AUGGUGCUGGUUGCCGUCGGCGAGAGACAGCCCGAUUGCCGCCAUAUAAAUUCCCGUGCGGUGGGUACCCUCAAGCAGGGAUGCUUCAAGGCUUUAGACAGGGUUAUGUUGUGCCGUAUUGUUAGUGGUAGGGGGAGCAAAAACUUCGAGCUCCUCACGCCCCUCCGUCAACUUCCCGCAAAACCUCAAUUCUGGCUUCCUCCAGUCAUAACAUUCGAGGAACCCUGGACAACCACCCAGCUAGAGUGGGCCACAGAUUUGCCCUAA